CCUUUUAUCGCACGCACUGCUCACCGCGCGUUCAUGCCGACUCCACCCACUUGUAAAGCUCACCUCUCUCUCUCUCGUCAUCCAUUUCUUGCCUGUUUGAUCGAGGCAGAAAGAGGACGGAAAGCUAUAAACAUGGCGAGGGACAUCCGGGCUAGUCACGAGCCGACAGAUGACAGUGCUAGUGGUGGCGCCGCGCUCGUGCUGUGGGACUGCGGCAGCUCGCUCUACGACUCCUACGAGCUCACCGCCUUCAAGCGCCAGCUCGACGCCGCCGUGCUCGCCUGCCGCUCGAUCUCCAUGCCUCACCUCCCGGCCGCCACCGCCACGCCGGCAGCUGGCGGCAGGAAGAGGCGCGCGGGGAGGCUACCGGCUCUGCUCCGGAGGUUCUUCUCCAAGGUGCUUGUCCGUCUUCGGCUCCCGGCCUCGGUGCGUGGCACAAGACAUCACGGCCGGUACCGGGGGUACGACGGAUACGGCCACGGCGACUACAGCGCCACGGGUUCGCCGUGGUCCGGCGCGCUGACCUCCAUCCCGGAGGAGAGCGGCGACAGCCCGGAGACCGGGUUGUCGCCUCCGAUCGUCGCCGGUCCGAGCGCGCUGCGCAGGGUUCAGUCCGAGCGGUUCAUCGGCAGCAAGACGGCGUCCACCAUGGUUCCAUUCGACGUCGUCUUGUAGCUCAACAUACAGUGAUUAGGCGUAAGACUAGCACAAGCCAGUCAGAUACUUGUAUGUAUACCUAGAAUAUGCAGGUACUGUGCAGCGAGUUCUUCCGUUUUAGAUCACAUAGUGUUCGUGGUGUAAGAAUCAGCGGUGACAAGUAAUUAAUCAAGCGACAAUUUCAAAAUAGCUUGCGGCCGCGGCAUGCUGAGCAACAAGGAAAUUCACAGAGUUGUUGUCUGGAGCAUGUAUCAACACAGGACGAAUUGUAGCUCGCGAACGGGAGGGCGAUGGAUCGAGACGGCGCGCCAGAAGCCCAGAAUGGAGCGAGCCGAUUCUUGCAUGUGUGCGAAUGAUCUUGCGGUUGUGGAUACGACCUGGACCGAACUUGCAAGUAACAGAGAAACGCGGUAGUUGAGGAGCGUGCUUUCUUCUGCAUUGACGAUGCUUUCCAGUUGACAUCAGUAGUGAGGUCAGGUUGCAUCUGUUUUUGUCACCCUUUGUGCUAACUGCUAAUUUGUUAUGUGUAUAGUCAUGUACAAUCAUGACUCGUGAACUUUCUACUCCCUCCGUUUUUUGACAUUCAGACUUUCUUCAGAGUGAAAACCUAAACAAAGAUUUUCAAUCGGGUGACGGCCGCA